AAAUUUGACCAAUCGAUGUUGAGGUUGGAGGUUAGCGCCAACUAAUGACGUUUUAUAUAACAAACGAAGUAGUUCGUUGGAAAUAAUUUAUUCAUCGUUGUAAGUCGGAAGUUUUCAGUUAGCGUGAGAAGUAGAGAGUUUUGACAGAAUGGCUCGUACAAAGCAAACAGCUCGUAAAAGUACUGGAGGUAAGGCUCCUCGUAAACAACUGGCCACAAAGGCUGCACGUAAAAGUGCCCCUUCAACUGGUGGAGUGAAAAAGCCACAUAGGUACAGGCCCGGAACAGUCGCUCUCAGAGAAAUCAGGAGGUACCAGAAGUCCACUGAGUUGCUGAUCAGGAAAUUGCCUUUCCAGCGUCUUGUGAGAGAAAUUGCUCAGGACUUCAAAACUGACUUGAGAUUCCAGAGUGCAGCUAUUGGAGCUUUGCAGGAGGCCAGUGAAGCUUACCUUGUGGGAUUAUUUGAAGACACUAACUUGUGCGCCAUCCACGCAAAGAGAGUCACAAUUAUGCCGAAAGACAUUCAGUUGGCAAGGAGGAUUCGAGGAGAACGUGCAUGAUCUCAUCUUCGUGAAAUCAUAAAAACUUAUUUUCAUAUAGACAUUGAAAAUUUUUAUCAUGAAUGCAGCAGACAUUUUCAGGACAUUGUGGCAUGGUAUUUUGUAAUUUUCAUUCCAAAAAUUGUGUUAAUCUUUACAAUUCAAGUUUGAUUCAUAUUGGAGUUGUUCUCCACUUAAUACUUUUUGAGAAUGAUUUUCUAUGACAUGAUGAUGUCUUUUGGAUGAAGAUUAUCACACGCUUUACUUCAUACUAAGAUAUCAAAACAUUUCUAAAAAAAAAAAAAAUGAGUAAUUUUUAAGAAGUAAUUAUCAAGAUUUCCUUUGAUUUACUGCAUCAAGCCAUGCUGAUCAUCAUUGAAUCAUGAACAGUCAGGGAAAUUUCUGUUUUUAUGUGCAGCAGUGUUUUUACAAGUAUUUCUUGACUGUCUUCUUUCUCUUCUUUUUUUCAUUUGAGAAAAUAUAACUGAGCACAAAUGUUUUUUUUACUCUUAUCAGUGACGUCUUGUGUUGUCUGUGUAAUUUUAAAAUUGUGCUAGUAUCUUCAUUUUAACAAUAAACCUAGUAACUUAAAAA